AAGCGGGAGCACUAGUCCAUGUGAGAGUCGGCUUUCUCCUGAUCGCGUUCUUUUCGUUUUGAGCCUUGGUUGCUGCCUGUGCUGCUGUGAUGCGCGCAUUCCAAAAACUCGGUACUGGGAAUCCAGCAAGGCCCAGCUGGCCGUCCCGUGACGACGGAUCCAUAGCUCUGUCCUACGAGAAGUCCAAUCGAAACGUUAGAGGCCGAACGCUCGACGCCACCAACCCUCGCGCUUGUCCGCAAAUGGCCUUUCUGGCGGGCAGCCCAAGUGGGCAGCCCGCUUCAGCCGCACGCCGCGCUGUCGAGCGCCAGGCGCUCUUGCUCCCUCGCAGUCCCUCUGCGUGGUCCCAACCGCAUGGGCGCUAAUCCUGCGCUCCUCUAUCGUCCUGCUGCAUUGCUGCUGUCGUUGACAGUGGCAUUUCUCGCUGCCUGUUCGCUGCCUACUGCCUGCCGAGGGGCUUGGGGCAGACUGAUAUCGCUCGACGACGCCAGGGCUUGCUUGUUCUAGCGAGCUGCUGCUGCAAAUCACGCUGCCCGUAUCCCACCCUCCCUGCUCGCCGCACCCCGCCGUCGCCGUCAAAUCGGGUCUGUCGGGCGCGAAACAGCCAGUCGAGCCGACGGGCGGAUAAUAUGCAAGCCCCUUUGCGUGGGUGAAGGCUCAGGUCACAUAUCAUACCCCUGACACCCUCUGGGGCUGCGAACAACGAACCGCGAUCCAGGCGACGCCGGCCGCCGAGUUCGGCAUUGCCACAAUCUGCGCUCGCAAAGCAUAGUCAACUAUCCCCGAGAUAUAAUCAACGGCCAGUCCACAACAACAACGUACGCGCACAUACACACACAAUGUCGGGCCUCCCAGAGGGCUGGGAGUCCGACUACGACGGGUCCCGAUGGUACUACCGCUAUAAGGCGACGGGCAUGACCCAGUUCCAGUUCCCGCAGCCCGGCGACGAGUUCUCCGAGUAUUUUGGCUCCUUCGCCGGCCCCGUCAGCCUCGCGCCCGAGGAGAGGCUCGAGAGUGACCGCCAGAUCAAGCGCAAGUCCACCACCAACGGCCGCGACAAGAGCCUCGACGCCGCCGCCCGCCAGGCCGCCCGCCAGAGCUCCGCCGCCGCCGCCGCCGCCGACGUCCCCGAGCCCGGCCGUGCGGGCUGGGACAACCUCAUGUACCUCGGUCCGGGCGGCGGCGGCGGCGGCGGCGGCGGCGGUGCUACCAUCGCCGGGACAUCGCCCCUGGUGGCCGCGUCGUCGUUGCUCUCGCCCAACCCCGAGCUGCCCGGCGACAGGGCCCAGGUCUCACCCCUGACCAGCGCCGGCGGGACCCCGCGCGUGUCGCCGCCCAGCGAGGUGGCGGGCGACAGCCGGGUCCCGAGGCCGGAGCCGCCGCCUGCUUCGGCCGACGGGUUCGUCAUGGUGUCACCCCCUGUGCCGAACCUGUCGGCGCCCGGUAUUGUCGCCAACGCACCGCAUCCGCAGCCGGGGCCUGCUCAGCCGGGCUUCGUCCCAGGGCCGGUUGGCGCUCACCCUCAUCCCGGCGUCUUGCCAUCAACCGUUCACCCUAUGGGGAUGGCAGUGUCGGUAGUAGGGUCGGCCGGUUUUCCUGCUGUGGCCAAUUUUGCCCCUGGUGCUCUUGUACCCGGCGCGCAGGGCGUCCCCAUGCCCCUUGGCGGUGCACAUGACCCGCGGAACUUGCCCAUGCUGGACGGCUGGCAGCGGCCGUUUGAGCUGCCGGGCAACGCGACUACGUGGUCGCCGCUAGGGUCACUCGCAGAGCUUGCCAGCGAGUCGACCGGCAAGUGCUACGAGGACGUCUUCCCCACGCCGGUCGAGCUGCCAGGACACGACGCCGGCAGCGCUGCCGCCGCUCAGACCCAGCAGCAGCAGGCACCACCACCGAAUGUCCAGGCCGCUCCGAUGGAGCUCCCAGUAGUGUCUCCCGAGUAUGCGAUAGCCAGCCCUGGGGCUGUGGUGGCGCCACCUAGAGCUGCAGGCCAGCAGCCGCUGACGGGCCUGAGCAGCGGCCAUGUGGAGAAGGGUCGGCAGCAUCCUCAGCCGCAUGCUCAAUCAGUGUCUGCGGCGCCCGGAGAUAACAGCGGCCAUCAACUCCACCAGGGCCCUUCAGCCGCAGCCGUGCAGCCAGGGCCCUCGUUGGCUGGCCAGGUAUUUAUAGCCGGUGGCGUCCCGCCAAGAGUCGAGCUGAACCCUUCGAAGCGACAAUCUGUCGCAGGAAUUCCAAUAAUCCCUCCUGCUGAGGCUGAAAGGCCUAGGCCUGAACAGAACCACCCUUGGUCGCAGCAGCAGCAGCCGCCUCAAAUACCACCCAAACACCAUUUCUCCCAUCCCCAAGGCCCGGCGCACCACCCCGCACCACCGCUGGGCGCCAGCGUGCUCCCGGGUACAAAGGCUCGGCACGAGAGCAUCUCGCAGGAGCCGCACCGGAGCGUCCUACAUACCCAGUCCUUCCCCGGCCAGCCGUUCCCUGCCCCUGGGGAUCAGCUAGAGCCCGGCGCGCUGUCCACGCCUUCGAUCCUCAGACCAGCCAACGGCCGGCCGAUGCAGCCCGGCCCUCGGCAGCCCAGGCCGGACAUGGCCGAGCCGAGACAGUCGUUCCAGAUGCCUCCGAAGCCGUACAUGGUGUUUGCCACAAGUGGCGUCGGACCUGCCGGCGCGGGGUUUCAGCAGGCACCGAUGGUCCCGGCUGGCUUUGUCCAGCAGCAGCAGCAGCAGCGGCAGCAACCGCAACCGCAGUAUGGGGCGCCUUCUGAGACCAUGCGAAUGGUAACGACGGCACCCGUGCUGCUCCCCGCGGAUCCCGCCAUGGCGUCUGCUUCUGACCCCCUCCCUCCGAUCCUCGACGCGCAGAACAAGUACCGAGGGGUUUCACACAUGGCGCCCAGUAUGGGGCUAUCUAUGGCCACGCAUUCUCUACAGCCGGCUCAAGCAGUCGAACUUGAAAACAGCAGGGCCGGAACCCCCGUUUCCAGCGAGAGGCAAGCGCAGGAGCCUGUUGGCCGGGAAGGAGCUCCCGCGGUCAUCCAAGUUCUUCGGACGACAUCGCCGAGCACCGAGGAUUCAUUCGUGAUGGUCACUAAUGUCGUCGCGUCGGAGGACGUGAAGCCGCCAAUAAUGGGUUCUGAAAGUGUACCGACGGCGGGCCCGACAGAGCCAUCAGAUCUUCCCCUAACGACCGCCAAUUUUGCUGUGGUCGACGCCCCAGAGAGUGUACUAGUGCAGCCAGAGCCGCCCGCGCUUACAAACACGGCGGAUUUGCCCAAUCCCGCCGAGCAACCAAGCAGUAGUGAAGACAAGGCCACACUUGAGAAGCACAACGUCAUGCUGGAGAGCGCCGUUAUCGAGACCGCGCCCAUUUCGGCUGCCGCCGAGGCUACGCCUGUAGAGGCAUCUACGGAUGGGGGUUUGGCAGCAGCACAGGAGUUUGCGGUGCCAAGCAUUUUGUCCUCCAACCUCGUAGCCAGUGAGCAGAUUGUGCAGAUUCAGCCGAGCCCGCAGACCCAGAAUCCGGCAACCGCACAACCCGAGGCUGCUGAAAUUGCUCCCCUUACAUUUUCAGUGGUUCAUGCAGGUAAACCUGAACCUCGUGGUGGCGCCUCCACCCCUGCUCCUCAGACACUCGGCAACCAGCCCAACAGCCAGGGGCAGACACCAGAGCCAGGGCAGUUUACUAUUGUUUCUGUGUCUGCGGCCCAACCGGACGCCUCAAUGCAAAUGCAGAGCUCGGAAGAGACUGCUGGGGCAACAGCCCAACAGCACUCAUCACCUGGGCCCAUGGCAUCUGUGGCCAGCCAGCCAAUGCCUCCCCCUGGCCAAGCUGUUCCGUCUGGCAUCCUGCAGCAGCAACCAUGGGGAACACCCUCUGCAACACCGCCCCCUGUCGGCCACAAUUCCCCAGCCCGGCGUUCUAUCAGUUCCGCACAUAGAGCUUCUGUGGCGUCCCAGCAUGGGUAUUUCCCGCAAGGCUCCCCAGGGCCUCAGUAUCCCGGCGGGCCGACGCAGCCUCCGCUGGCUGCUUCCCUGACUUCGCAAAACGGCGUGGCUCCGGGUAUGCCUAGCGAGUGGCAGUUAGGCGCAGGUACUCAGGAGGCCCAGUCGCGAGCUCCUCCGUCGGUGUCCUCACCGCUUGCCAGCCAGAUGCCAAGUUCGCCGCAGCAGCCAUCGCCGGUUUCUCUGGUUGGCGUUCCGGCUGCCACCCCAUCCAUUGCAGCGGCACAGGCCUCAGGGCUUCUCCUGCAGCAGGGACAACAACAGCAGUCGAUGUCGCCUCAGGUUCCUGUACCGCAACAGCAACAGCAGACGCCGCAGCUGCAGGCGGCUCAGUCGGCCAUGGGCAUGCCUGGCGCAGGCCCCACUACCAUGCCUCAACAGCCUCAAUAUGUGCUAUAUAUGCAUAACGGUGUACAGUACGCUGUCUUGUCACAACCGGCUCAGCAGCCACAGACGAUGCAGCCAGCUGCAGUAUUCACGCAACCCCAGCCCGCGCAGAUCCCCACAACGCACUCGCCAGCUCCCUCGGUCGCCGUGCCGUAUACCCAACCCAUCUCCGCCGCCGCUGCGCAAAGUCCAGUACCUGGACCUGCUGCCCCGUACCAGGCGUCGUCGCCCGUGGCGGGCGGCAGCCCACAUACAGUACACUCUCCAGCCUCCCAUUCUGCAACCCCUUCGUUGAGCGGCAUGGGUUCGAUAAGGAGAAAGCCGGCCCAGCCACAGACCCAGGGUGGCAGCCCGCAGCUGCCACAGGGGGGAUCCUUUGCGAACCAGGGGGUCGCACAUAGCCCCCACGCGAGCAUAUCGUCGCAGAGCCCGAAUGUAACCACGACCGCCCCUUCGUCAGGGCACGCAACCGCUCAUGGGAGUCCCAUGGGGACGCCGCACAGCCAGACGGCGCAGACGACGCCCAUGUCCGCAGCGCAGUCGCUCCAGCGCACCGCGUCGCAGCAUGCCAGCCCGGCUCCGGCGACCGCGUCGCCGUCGCAGCUCCCGGGCUCGCCGCCAUGGCAGCAGGGCCUCACGCCGCUGCAGCAGGGGCACCAGCUUCUGCAACAGCGUGCCGUGCAGGCCGCCUACUCGCCCACCGGAGGGGCAGUCCACAUCCCAACGGCGCAGCAGCCCGCAGCCUUGCAGCAGGGGCACCAGCUCCUGCAGCAGCGUGCCCAACAGGCCGUCCAGAUGCAGAAUGCCCAGGGGGUGCCGGCCAUCAGCCAGUUCCAGCCUGUUGCUGGGACUGCUGGUGUUCCGGGCCAACAGUUGCCCGUGGGAGCACAAAGCGGCCAACCGCAGGGCCAGAACAGUCCCCUUGGCCUUCAGCAGCAGCAGCAGUCGCCGCAGGGGUUUAAUGCACAGGCACAGCCGCAGAUAAACGCCCAGCUACAACCAGCACAACAGGCCAUGUUGCAGCAGCAACAGCAACUACUACAGCAGCAGUCUGUGGCUAUGCAAGGCCCGCAGCAGGCUGUGCGUCCACUGCAGCCGGGGCAGCAGGUGAUGCAGCAACGGCCCGGGACAUAUUUGCAACAAGGCCAGAUUCUCCAGCAGCAGCCAAUGGUGUCACAAGGACAGCAGCCCAUGAUGAUGCAGGGGCAGCAACCAAUAAUGGUACAGGGGCAACAGCCGAUGAGAGUCCAGGGACAACAGCCCGUCAUGGUCCAGGGACAGCAAACAACAAUGGCGUACCGCCCCGGGCCCGCGCCCGUCCAGGGACAAGCACAGGGCAGCAGCGGCAGUUCCGGCAAAAGCAAGAGCUGGUUCUCCAGGCUGUUUGAGACACCCACGCCGCCUCAGAACAAAGGCCCAAAGCCUCUCAAGCAACACCCGGCCUUUUCUCAACAGCAGCAGCAGCAGAUGCAAGCGAGGCCUCCGCAGCAACAAGUGCUUCAACAACAGCCGGGGAUGGUGUAUCAACAGCAAAUGCCGCAACAGCAACGGCCUCCACAACAGCUGCAACAGAUGCCCCAGCAACAACAAAUGCUUGGGCAGCAGAGACCUCCGCAGCCGAGUAUGCAGCCGCAACAUAUUCAACAACAGCAGAUGCAACAGCAGAUGCUUCAGCAGCAACUACUACGGCAACAGAUGGCUCAGCAAAACAGACCACCACAGCAGGCACCUCAGCAACAGCAAGCCCAAAGCCAGCAGCCGCAACAACAGCACCCCCUGGGGCAAGCGGUCGAGCAAUUUACAAACGCACUGCAGGCGGUGAACGACCAACAGGGCCAGCAACAACAGCUACUACAAACCUCUCAGGGGCAGGCACAAUAUGCAGCCCAAGGCUUCCAGCAGCAGCAGCAGCAAGCACUAGUCUACCAGUACUUGCAGCAGCAGCAGCAGCAGCAACAGCAGCUACUACAGCAGCAGCAGCUACAGCAGCAGCUACAGCAGAUGCAGCAGGCAACGCCUGUCAGCCCCGUGAGCGCAUCGCAGUCGCCGUUCCAGUCACAACAAGCCGGCCCAUUCCCACCGCAGGACGCCGAAUGGCAACCGCAGGCCGGCGUGUCGGGAAUCCAGAUGAUCGACGUGGCCCAGAUGAAGAAGGCGCUGGAGAGGGCCCUCGGCACUCCGCAGGACGCCGACGCCGGCGGAGACGCCGCGGCUGCUGCUGCUGGCGGCGGCGAUAUCGGCGCGUCUAUGGGCGACGACGGCGCCAUGACGCAGGCCUUGCUCGGCGGCGGCGGCGGCAUCGGCGUCCCCGAGACGCCCAUGGUCGACGCGCAGUACAUGGUCCCGCCGCUCUUCUCGAGCGCCGGCGCCCAGGGUCAGAUCGCGGCCCUGGCCUCGCCCCCGGCGGACGGCCUGGCGGCGGGCGGAGAGGCCGGGGGGCUCGGCGGCGGCGUGGCGUCCGAGGUCGGGGCGGGGUCGGGGGCAACCUCGGACUACUCUGCGCUCCUGGGCGUCCCGGCUGUGGAGGAUGUGAACGCGGACGGGGUGAGUGUCAUUGCCGACUAUGAAGGGUCGGGCUGGGGGGAUAUCGAGUUUUGAUGUUGGGAGAUGGUGACGGAAUAAUUUGAGAGGGUUUCUGGAUACCUAAUAGUUAGGAUAUAGGAAAGGGGAGGGAUAUAUAUAGCUAUAGAAGAAAUGUUGAUUCGGACUACGCAG